CUAAAAAGAACAUUAGAAUUUUGGGUUUUAAAUGAAACAUCAUUAGGGAGACAAAUAGAAGAGCACAAAGUAGUUCACUUUGAGUAGAAAAAGGUCCAGACAGUGAAGAACAAGUGGGAGGAGGAACUUAUUCUAUGCUGUUGUUGCAUGCUUUAUUCCCUUUGCCACCAUCUGAUUUGAUGAUGCCUGGAAUGAGUAAACACACAAGCUUUUUGCAGGCAAAAGUAACAGAGAGGCUCUCUUCUCAAUUCUCAUUCCCAUGAAUGAGGGCCACUGCAAUCUAUGAGUCUCCUCCAAACAAAUUAGAUUAACUAAAGUCAUUAGUAUGUUUGAAUAAGAAUUUUUUACCUUCAUAAAUUUUCUUGUUUACCCUUAAAGAAAUGUUAUGUUCUUCCUCCUCUUCUUUCUGUGCUGUUCCUGCAAAAGCUACUGCAAUUGACUCCUUUGAGGCUUCCACAAUAAAAAAGAGAGAGAGCCCAUCAAGCCGUCCCACCUUCCAAGCAACAGCAUCAAGAUGAUCAAGGAAGUCACCAACUCAGCUCCAGCUUCCAUCUUUGCAAUGGCAGAAGCAAGGAGAAGAACCAAGGAGUCACCUACACCAAUGAGGAGGAGAGAAGCUCACAACAAGGAACAAGAGGAAGAGAAGAAGAAGAAGGAGGAGGAGCCACACACACCCUCCACUAAGGGAGCUUUAAAGAGCUUCUUCACCUGCAAACACCACCACCACCAAGAGCACAGCAAGAGGAUUGGGUGCUCAGGGUCCAUUUGCAAGCUGAGGGACAUGGAGAGACCAGAGGCUGCUGCUGUUGCUCCUCAAGGUGAGCCAUGCAAAAGAAGGGGGCCUUCAAAUGGUGAAGGGGCCAAGAACAGCAGCAGGAAGAAGCAGCAGCAGCCUCUGAGUGAGUUGAAUGGAGUGGUGGUCUCCAACUCAUUUUCUUCUCACUCUUCUGCAUCUGUGACUGCUGCCGCCGCCGCCGCUUCCUCUGCUUCCUCUUCCUCCAUUGGGGGGUCUUUUAGGAGGAUGCCCUUGAGGAGGUUCUCUGGCUGCUAUGAGUGCCAGAUGGUGGUGGAUCCUGUGAGCAUGUUGUCUAGGGACUCCUCCCUCAGGGCCACCAUCUGUUCUUGCCCUGACUGUGGAGAGAUCUUUGUCAAAGCUGAGAGUUUGGAGAUUCAUCAAGCAGUGAGACAUGCAGUAUCGGAAUUGGGACCUGAAGACACCAGCAGGAAUAUAGUGGAGAUCAUCUUCCAAUCGAGUUGGCUGAAGAAGCAAACCCCCCUCUGCAAGAUAGACAGGAUCCUGAAAGUCCACAACACCACCCGAACAGUCACACGGUUCGAAGACUACCGCGACUCGAUCAAGAUGAAGGCGAACAAGCUCCCGAAGAGGCACCCGCGGUGCACCGCGGACGGGAACGAGCUCCUCCGCUUCCACUGCACCACCUUCAUGUGCUCUGUUGGCCUGGAGGGAGCCACCAACCUGUGCACCUCCAUUCCCCACUGCAAUCUGUGCAGCAUCAUGAAGAAUGGGUUCAAGAAAGACUGCCAAGGGAGGAUUCAGACCAUGGCAACCAGCGGAAGGGCUCACGAUGUGGCCGGGAUCACACCGGAGCAGAAGAGCGCAAUGUUGGUGUGCAGAGUGGUUGCAGGGAGAGUGAAGAGGAAGCAGGAUGAAGUCGAGGAGUACGAUUCAUUGGCGGGAUCAAGCGGAGUCUACUCCAAUUUGGAUGAGCUCUUUGUGUUUGAUCCUAAAGCUAUUCUGCCUUGCUUUGUUGUAGUUUACCGAAGUUGAUCUCCAUGUAACUCGAGACAUGAAUCUGAUUUUGAUAUAGCAAAAGCUUUGUGUGGA